UUAUUUCAGGCCCAAAGGCACAGCGAACACUCGGAGAAAGUCAAACAUCCCGUACUGUAGCUGUUGCCCUCGGGCCUGCCAUCGUCGUUUCCGUGUCCGUUCCUUGAGGUAUGCCUUGAUGGUCUCGAGGCGCUCGUUGGGGUCGGCUGUCUCGAUGAUCUCCUUGAGGGCCUGCACCCGAGCGUCUCUGGUCUGAUGCCGUGGAUGUACGAUCUUCAUCAUCAU